AUGGGCGCUUGCGCGACGAAGGAGGAUGCGGCCGUGGGUAACUCGAUCGUUCCGGGGGACGCGGCCAGCCGCGCUCCUCCUGGAGAGCGCCAGGGAGAUGCGCAGGCCGUGGCGCGGGAGAAAAACGCCCGAAGCAACGGUCCAUUUUCCAACAUGAGCUCGAAGAAGGUCAAGAGCGUGAACGGCGCCACGCUUUCGGAGCAGCCCACGAUGGCCCAGCCGAAUGCCAGCGGAGCGGCAGCCCCCACCGGCCGUGCUGCAACCGACAAGGCGUCCGAGGGGCCGCAGGAGGGCGAUGCAGGCGCCGCGAGGGCGGGCGCCGCCGCUGCGCAGAGGGCGCCAGGCGGCGUGGCUGAGGGGCAACAGCACGCGUGGGUGGCCGUGAUAGCGGACUACAAGUCCGAGGAUCUGCCCGACCUGCCCGAGCACGCCGUUCCCUGGCUGGAGCUCCUGGGCAAGGAGACGGUAGUGAGUCUGUUCACCAACGACUGGAUGGCGCGCACCGCGGCGCUCAAGUCGAUCGUGUCGCUGGUCGUGAAGAAGCUGGACGCGCUGAACGGCGCGGACGAGGCGCAGGCGACCGCGCUCGUGCGCGCCGCGUACGGCGCCGCCUCCCAGCACCUGCGCGACCGCACCAUCCCCGUCUUCUUCGCGGCGCUCGAGCUCAUCGCGGAGACGACCGAGCGCCUCGUGCCCCGCGUCGGCGACGAGCACGGCCUGCGCCUGACGCGCAUCGCGUCCAAGAUCAUCCCGGUCCUCGUGCGCCGUGCCGGCAACGUGCAGAGGCGCGUGCGCGCCGAGUGCGCCGACUGCCUCGUGCGGCUGGCCGAGUGCCCGCGCAUCGGCCCGGCGAUCGUCCUCAGGCACCUCCUCGUCUCCGCGGAGGAGGAGGGCCGCGCGGACCCCUGCGCGCUGCUCGGGCGCGUCACUGCCCUGAAGGACGUGCUGGCGCUCCCGGACCUCACGAUGGACCAGGUGACGGGGACGGGCGUCACGGCCGGGACCAUCGCGGCCCUCGCGCGCAUGGCCCUGCAGUCCGGGGACGACGAGGGGAAGAAGGCCGGGGCGGAGCUCCUCGCCGCGCUGCACAAGCUCUCGCGGCGCAGCGGGCAGGCGUCCAACCCGCUCCUGCUCGACGGGCUCCCGGACGACCUGCUCCCCGGCGUGCGCCACUCGCUGAACCGCGUCGACAGCGAGCUGGGCGUCCCGCCGCAGUUCGCGUCGGACCACGACCAGGGAAGCUACAGCUCCAUCUCCGCGGCAACCAGCGACCACGAGGCGCUCGACACGGUGCCGUCGCGGUUCCCGGGCGGCCUCGCCUCCGAGCUGGCGCUGCAGGCCGCGCGCAUGGGCUCGCUGCUGGCGGAGGAGGACGUGAUGUCCGCGGUGGGGUCGUCGCGCAACAUGGACCGCAUCGUCACCGUGAACGCCUCGCGGCAGUCGAGCUUCGUGCGGCACCGGCAGUCGGGGCGCGAGGUCGACAUCGCGUGCAAGUCGGUCAACGGGCGGAUGAGCCGCAUGGCGCCGGGCGGGGUGGACUCGGGGGUGGACUCGCGCUCCAACAGCACGCCCGGCGAUCGCUCCCGCGUCCCCACCAGUGCCUACACCGACACUAAAGCUCCAGGCCGGACAGACGAGAGCUCGUGA